UUGAAGGUAUAUGACGUACUUUGAGCUCUCACAGUCAUUUAAACAUUGCGGAAUAUGGCAGCCGCUCGGCUGGAAACAACAAACGUCGCGCCCGUCCGAAGCUUUCAGGGCCUCGCCGGGAACCAUGAGGCCGCAGAAUCAAUUAUUCGAUGGGCAGAGUCCUCCAGCGAGCCGGUCCUGUUUCCGGGCCUUCUGAAAGACUGGCCGGCGGUGUCGCGAUGGCGCGGAAGUGCGGGCUUGCGCCAUCUGGAGGCGCUAGCGGGCGAAGCUGAUGUGCAGGUCAUGGUGUCUCGCUCGCGCGCCUUCUACGGCGACCUGUCUCGCCACCAGCCCGCCACCCUGGCGUUCAGGGAGGCGCGGGGGGAGCGGGAGGAGUUGGAGGAGCGGGGUCGGCUGGAUAGAGGAGAAGCCGGCAGUUCGGGCUGUAACGACUCGGAGCAGGAGAGGAGCGGCAGCAGCACCAGCAGUAGCAGCGGCACCAGCAGCAGCGGCGAUGGCGGAGAGGGCGGCAGUAGCAGCGAUGAGGGCGGCAGUAGCAGCGAGGGAGCCGGGGGGACGCGGCGGCGGCCCCACGUGUACCUGGCGCAACAGCCGCUGACGGGAGGCCUGGCGCCUCUGCGGGCGGACCUGCCCACACCGAGCUGCCUGCGCACCACCCGCCUGGCCAGCGUGAACCUGUGGAUGUGCGGCGGUGCCGUGCGCUCCAGCCUCCACUACGACCCCCACCACAACCUGUUGGCGGUGGUGGCGGGCGCCAAGCGCCUCACGCUCAUCCCGCCCGCCUUCACGCCCUGCCUCUACCCCAUGACCAUCACGGGCGACUCCUCCAACCACUCGUCGGUGCCCUUCGCCUCGCCCGCCGCCGCCCUGGCCGCCUCCCACCCCGCCUACCUGCCUGCACUGGCAGCCAGCCGCACAGUGCAGCUGCAGGCGGGCGAUGCGUUGUUCCUGCCGGAGGGCUGGUGGCACCAGGUGGACAGCGGGCCGUGUGUCACCAUUGCCGUCAACUACUGGUGGAAGAGCGGGCUGGGCGAGAUGCUGGCGGCGGGGGCGGCGGCAGUAGCGGCGGGCGCGGCGGCAGUAGCAGUGGGGGCGGCGCCAGUAGCAGCGGGGGCGGCGGCAGUCGCAGCUGGGGCGGCGGAGGGGGCCGCAGUGGGCGGUGCUGGGAGGUGGAAAGGGCUGAUGCCGGGCGGCGCCGGCAGUAACGGUGCUGGCGGCGGCGGCUGCAGCACUGCUACUGGCAGUGGCGGCGGCGGCGGCGGCAGUAGCAGUGGCGGCGCUACAGCCGGCGGUUUCGGUGCGGGGAUAUCCAAUCUAUUCGCGCUGCGGCAGCUGGCGGCGGCGGCGGUCGAGGACAUUGCGGAAGUACUGCUGCGGGCGGCGGCUGUAGCGCCGCCGCCACCGCCAAUGUGGCCUCCGCCGCCGCCGCAUCCAGCUGCUGCAGCGACAACUGCUGUAGGGCCCGCACUUGAGGGAUUGGGCCCGGCGGCGGCAGCGGCGGCAGCCGAUGGCAGUAGCAUGGCGGCGGGGCGAGGACCCGCGGGAGCCGCGGCCGCCGAUGCCGAGGUCGCGGCGGCGGCGGCGGCGCUGUGCGGCGCGGUAUGUGCCGUGUGCCGCACACACGCCGGCGCCGGCGCGGGUGCAGCGCAGGUGCCGGCGGCGGCGGAGCUCGCCGCAGCGGGCCACGGCGCCGGUCCAGCGAACCAGCAGCACCCCCACCACCCCCACCAGCCCCACCAGCCCCUGGACCUGACCGCGGGCCUGCUACUGCUGCUGCCCCCCGGCGCCGCCGCCAGCCUGGGUCUGACCGGCUGCCCGGUGGCGGCCGCCCUGGCGCACAUACUCCUGCCGCCGCCGCCGCAGCAGCAGCAGCCACAACUGCUACAGCCGCCACCGCCGCUACAGCCGCUACAGCCGCCGCAGCAGCAGCCGCUACAGCCGCAGUCUCACCAGCAGGGCGCAUCACCGGAGUUUCAACCACAGCCCGCCACAGCAGCCGCCACAGCAGCCGCCACCUCUUUUGGACAGGCCGCGCGCUGCUGCCGCCGCCCCAGCCGCCGCCGCAGCCGCAGCCGGCCGCCGCACGUGCUGCUAGCAGAGGCUCUGCACGUUCUGUGCGUGUCUCAACCGGCGGCAGCGGCGGCGCUGCUGGGCGCGUGCUGCCGAGUGCCGGCGGCGGCGGCGUUGUUGAGUCGGGCGUUUGACCGGCUGGGGUCAGAGGAGGAGGUGGAGGCGGAGGAGGAGCAGGCGCAGGAGGAGCAGGAGGAGGAGGAAGAGGCGGUGGGGAAGGGCGAAAGGGGUGACGAAGACGGGACAGGUGCGCCAGAGGCAAGCCCUGGGGAUGGGAAAGGGGUUGCCAACCGGCUUAAGCGCAGCGGUACCGAGGCACAGAAUGAGGGUCAGGCGUCCCCGUGUGUGAAGCGCGUGAGAAGGUCGGAGCCGCCGCCAACGGGGGCAGCAGCAGGCGCGGCAGCUGCAGCUUAUGCAGCAGCAUCACCACCACCACCACCAGCAGCGGAUGCACCAGCAGCAGCAGCAGCAGCAGCAGCGGAUGCACCAAUACCAGCAACGGUGACCGGUGCAGCGGGGGAGGAGGGCGGCUGCAGGGGUGGCAGGGUAGGCAACACCAAUAGCGGCGGCGGCCCUAGGGACAGCCGCAGGCGCCCCGGCAGCGUCAGCGGGGGCGGGGGCGGCAGCGGCAGCGGGGGCGGCAGCGGGGGCGGGGGCGGGACCGGGGGCGGCCACGGCGAGUACCCCGGACAUUCCGAGUUCUUUCGUCUCCUGUACUCGACUGUGGAUGACCCCGACCAGGUGUUUGCCGCGCUGCUGGCGGGCCGGGCACAGCUGCAUGCGGCGGCGCGGCGGCUGCUGGUGGAGAGGGUGCUGGGCUAGCUGCUGGCGCCGCGCCGCCGCGUGGUGACUGGAUUGGCGCACGACAUAUGCUGACACCUGGCCUGCCCAUGACGGCGGUGGGCUGCGAGCUGGGUUGCUGGGCUGAAGGGUGUGAUGGAGAGCGUGCUUGGGCCAAGCCAAUUGGGCACGAUGCAGCCGAAUGCGAGGGCGUCGGUGAGUACGGUACGGUAGGCAUGUGCGCAAUGGCGACCAGAGAGGCGCAGAGACUUGCUGGGGAGAGGUGGAGUUGAUGGGAGGCUGCGGUGUAGCGGUGGGCGGUGUGGGCGGGGGCUCACGUGCAGGCAGGCAGGCAGGCAGGCAGGCAGGCAGGCAGGCAGGCAGGCAGGCAGGCAGGCAGGCAGGCAGGCAGGCAGGCAGGCAGGCAGGCAGGCAGGCAGGCAAGCAGGCAGGCGCAUUCCGGCUUGAGACCAGCUAGCUACCGCCGUGUGGUGUUAGUUCGCUGUGGCUGUGGGCUUGUGGGCUCGCCAUCAGCGGCUCGUGCUCAGACGCAUCGGGGUGUGUACGGUGCAUGUAUAGAACAUCGGUUGGUAGUGUCGGCGGCACCUCCGCACGGCGGCGCGCAGGACUAUCGUACAUGGGUGUGCGGUGGGACAGUGGUAAGGCAGGUUGGUAAAGUCCCGUAGGGUGCAGCUGAUUCCCAGAACCCAACAGAUGGCACACAACUUGCAACGGCAGGGCAGGAGUACGCGGCUGGUCGAACGCCGGAGUUACUGUACCGAGUUGCGGGGUUCGUACAUGGGUGUCAGUCAAUAGGUAUCGGCACCAUUGCACAGCAGGAGCAUCGUGGGACCGUAAGGAGUCCACUGGACUCCGAAGAUGGAAAGUUUCAAUGCGUGCUGCUCGGUGCAACAUUGUUACAGUACUUCGCGGAG